CAGAGCGGCAGAGUUCAGUUACCGAUGCAGGAAGGUGUGAACUUCAGUCAAAAGCCAGAGCAAUAUCUCUAUCGGAUAAACUGGACACUUCUAUUUACUUCUGUGAUUCCACCAGUGGACGCAGCAUCCACUUUUCAAUUUGUAAGUCCUAUGUUUUCCCUUUUCUGCACUUUUAUAUGUGAACGUUGAUGUGAAGGGCAGCACCGGUGUGACCCAGACAUGGCUGAGGCGCCCCCACCACAGGUACAGCCUGUCGAUAUUGACCCGGACUUUGAGCCCCUGCCCCGCCCGCGGUCCUGCACCUGGCCCCUGCACCGCCCGGAGCUCGUCGACCCCGCCGGGUCCAACACGUCCUCCCCGGCGCCGUCAGUGCAGCAGGAGCCCGGAGGAAAUGCGGAGUUCAUCAGCAGCCUCGGCUUGUUGGAAGAGAACUAUGAAGAAUACGCAGAGGAUAAAGCACAUUGCCAUGUUUUUCACCACCACCACCACCAUCAUCAUCUGCAGCAGCAGCAGCAGCAGCAGCAGCAGCUGCCGGGUCCCCAGCUGCCGCCUCAGCAACAGGUGUCUCCUUCAGGGGUCCCACCCUUGGGCGCCUCCGGUCAGAGGAAGAUCAGCUCGUCCCGUCGCAACGCCUGGGGUAACAUGUCCUACGCUGACCUCAUCACCAAAGCCAUAGACAGUUCACCUGAGAAGAGGCUGACCCUGUCUCAGAUCUACGACUGGAUGGUGAAGAGUGUGCCCUACUUCAAGGACAAGGGAGACAGCAACAGCUCUGCGGGCUGGAAGAACUCCAUCCGACACAACCUGUCGCUGCACAGCCGCUUCGUGCGCAUACAGAAUGAAGGGACGGGGAAAAGCUCCUGGUGGAUGCUGAAUCCCGAAGGAGGAAAGAACGGAAAGUCGCCUCGACGCAGAGCCGUCUCCAUGGACAACAACAAUAAAUUUAUCAAGAGUAAAGGAAGAGCCACAAAGAAAAAGAUGUCUUUACAGGAAAGCGUGGAGGGGGAAGGAAGCAGCCCAGGCUCCCAGUACUCUAACUGGCUGGGAAGCCCAAAGUCCCACAACAACGAGGACUUUGAAGCCUGGAGCUCUUUCAGAACCCGCACCAGCUCCGACGCCAGCACUCUGAGUGGACGCCGUUCUCCGUUUCCUUCUGAGCAGGAGGAUAUCGUGGAGUCUGACGGACUCAUGCUGUUCCCCGCCACAUCUGGGACCAAGAUAACCUCCAGCCUUCCCAGCCUCUCUGAGGUGUCUGGAUCCAUGGGCCAACACGGCUCAGAAAGGGUCAUGGAGAGUUUGCUGGAUAACCUCCACCUGCUGUCUCCUAAAGCCCCCCAGCACGGCUCAGACUCGCCACGUUCCCCGAACAACGCCGGGCUUCAGAGCGGCUCCUACGGAUCUCCUGGCAUGAGCCAGGACUACAGUAAGUGCAUGUACAGCCAGGUGAGGCUGAACUCUCUGUCGCCUGUUCCCAUGCAGACACUUCCAGAGAACAAGCCUGGAUUUGGAGGUUAUGAGAACCAGUACAUCUGUCCAGCCGGACUCCUCAAAGAGCUACUGACUGCUGAUGCAGGCUCCAGUAGAGACAUAAUGCCUUCCAGUGACAUAAGGGUGUCUGACACUGGAAGGGUAAGUAGUCUCAUGUCCGCUUACAGCAGUCACAACCAUAUAGUGAGUCAUCCUGGUAUUAAAAUAAUUACCCCUCCUCAGAGUCACCCAGGUCUACAUGUAAACCCACAAUCUAUACAUAGGCAAGGUACUUCUCCCUCAAGAGACUUGAAUAGUUGCAACAUGAUACCCUUGGCUAGCCUGACUACUGUCUCAGGGCCUCCCCAACGACUAAACAGGCUGAGGACUUGCAUGCAGCCUCCGCAAGGACAUCUAGCACACACUAAUGACUUUUCAGCGAGCUACACCAACAGCUACAAGGAACUGAACUUGGUUCACCCUCACAGCCAUCAUCAGGAGCGGCUACCCAGCGACCUGGACAACAUGCCCAUAGAGAGGUUGGAAUGUGACCUGGAGUCGGUCCUCCAUGACACCCUCAUGGACGGCGGGGCGCUAGACUUUAAUUUCGACCCUGCAGCUGGAUUUACCCAAAGAGUGAAGAGCACCUCGCACAGCUGGGUGUCUGGUUAGGAUUCGUAAGUGGAAGAAAAAGAGGAGGAAUUAGUGCCACCUUGGAUGGUAGCAUGCAAGGGAAAUGUGUAAAUAUAGCAAUUGUUCUUCUCUACAUAACAUUAUUAAGAAAAGCAUGCCUCUACUGUAUGAUAUUUAAGACUAAAGCUGUACAAUAAGCAUCCUGUUGUAGAGAUUAAAGCCAUUAUGAAAUGAGAUGCAGAACUGUUAGGAAGACAUUUGUUGCAUAAGCCAAUAAAUAAGACUUUUGUACAUUUCAAUCUGGAGAGACUCACACAGAGAAGAAAAUAGCAGUUAAAAAGAUUUAAUGGUACAAUUUCUUUGGCGCUCGGACCCGGCAGAAGACCGUGAGCCGAGGAUCGCCGUGAGCAGGCGGUCUGCUCGGCGAGCUCGGGAUAGUCUUCCCCCC